AUGAAUCUCGCGGAUGGAGCAACUAGUGCUUCGCAAUUCACCAUUGACUUUGAGGAUAUGGAGAAGAAAAUCAAUGAGAAGACAAAGAUGCUAGUUAUCAACAAUCCACACAACCCAACUGGCAAAUUGUUUACUCGUCAGGAGCUGGAGAAGCUUGCGGAGAUCGCAAAGAAGCACAAUUUGAUUGUCAUCGCCGAUGAGGUUUACGAGUUCCACGUGUGGGAUAAGAACGAUAUGGUUCGGUUUGCUAGCCUCCCUGGAAUGUACGAGCGCACUAUUUCCAUUGGCAGCGCCGGCAAGGCCUUCUCCGUGACUGGAUGGAAACUCGGAUGGGCUGUCGGACCGAAACAACUUCUCGAGCCACUCAAAGCUAUCCAUCAGAACUGUGUCUUCACUUGCUCGUCACCAACUCAAAUGGCUAUCGCCGAAGCGUUCCGUCUCGAUUGGCCCAAGUUCUUGAAUGACCCAAAGAAUUCAUACCUGGCGACUGGGUUGUCGGGAGAGCUUCGUGGCAAGCGAGACAAACUGGCAAAGAUGUUGGAAGAGGGAAACUUCCGCCCGAUUAUUCCGGACGCAGGGUACUUUAUGCUGGCGGAUUACUCCCAUCUCAAAGAAGGUCUCAAACUUGCUUCCGAAGCUGAUCCCGAUGACUUUGUCUUCUCGCGUUGGCUCUGUCGUGAGAAGAAGCUCGCAGUCAUCCCACCAUCCGCUUUCUACUCUUCUCGUGCCGAGAAAGACAAAAACAGUCACAUGGUCCGCCUGUGCUACUUCAAGAAAAACGAAACACUCGACGCAGCAGAGGUCAUUCUGAAGAAACUCGGAAAAGAAUAA